UCUUUUUCAAGACAGGAUUUCUCUGUGUAACAGUCCUGGCUGUCCUGGACCUCAAUUUGUAUACCACAGUGGUCUCAAACUGUCUUCCUCAGCCUCCCAAAGUGCUGGGAUUAAAGGUGUGAGCCACUACUGCCUGGCCAGUAUUUUAUAUCUUUAUUGCAUCCACCUACUUUCAAACUUUAAAAAUAUUUAAAACUUUAUUUUUUGUUUAAAACCCAUAUAAGCUGGGCAUGGUAGCUCAAUCUUGUCUUUAUAUUCUGUGGUAGCUCUAGUAGGGAUCGGAAGUUCAAGGUCAACCAGAGCGUACAGGGAGUCGAGACUUGUGGGCUAUGUGAGGUUCUGCCUAAAUACCUUCACUAAGCGUAUUUUUGUCUUGACCUACACAGGGCUACGGUAAUGUCAGUGAAAUCUAACUCUGCCUUUCUUCCACUUAACGUCCAGGGAUUGUUACCUUGUAAUGACAAUGCUGCCUUCUGGAUCCUUCCUGAAGGACCUGACAGAGUUUUGUGGGCAACCUUAUGUCCAUGCAGGCAGCCUGAUUGGAGAGCAGAGUUUCUGCUGCCGCUGUGACAAUAGUGUGAGCAGACAGAAGUAGAUUGUAUGGCUCAGUACCUCAGACCACGAAAUAACUGCGUACAGUUUGGUGGACUGAUAUGUGGUUUGUCUGUACCGAGUUUUGUUUCCGCUUCACUCAUUGAUGGACACUUGGGUAGCUUCCACCUUUUGGCUGUUGUGAAUAAUGCCGCUCUGAACAUGGGUGUGCACAGAGCUCUUUGAGACCCUGCUUUCAGUUCUUCUGGCUGUAGAUCUUGAUGGAGGAGCACGGAGUGACCCAGACUGAACACAUGGCUACCAUAGAAGCCCAUGCAGUGGCCCAGCAGGUGCAGCAGGUCCAUGUAGCCACAUACACGGAGCACAGUAUGCUGAGCGCGGAUGAAGACUCUCCUUCCUCCCCCGAGGACACUUCUUAUGAUGACUCGGACAUCCUCAACUCCACGGCAGCUGACGAGGUAACUGCCCAUCUGGCUGCUGCAGUGCUGGGGAUCAAACCCAGGGCCUCGCACAUACUAGGUCCUGUGGGAAUGGCUGCUGCUGCUGCUGUGGCAACGGGGAAGAAACGGAAACGUCCUCAUGUGUUUGAGUCUAAUCCGUCCAUCCGGAAGAGACAACAGACACGUUUGCUUCGGAAACUCAGAGCCACACUAGAUGAGUAUACUACUCGCGUGGGGCAGCAAGCCAUCGUCCUCUGUAUCUCGCCCUCCAAACCCAACCCCGUCUUUAAGGUGUUCGGAGCAGCACCUUUGGAGAACGUGGUGCGAAAGUACAAGAGCAUGAUCCUGGAAGACCUGGAGUCUGCUCUAGCAGAACACGCCCCUGCGCCACAGGAGGUUAAUUCAGAACUGCCACCUCUCACCAUCGACGGGAUUCCAGUCUCUGUGGACAAAAUGACCCAGGCUCAGCUUCGGGCGUUUAUCCCAGAGAUGCUCAAGUAUUCCACAGGUCGGGGGAAACCAGGCUGGGGGAAGGAAAGCUGCAAACCUAUCUGGUGGCCAGAAGACAUCCCAUGGGCCAAUGUCCGCAGUGAUGUCCGCACAGAAGAGCAAAAGCAGAGGGUUUCAUGGACCCAAGCAUUACGGACCAUAGUUAAAAAUUGUUACAAGCAACAUGGGCGCGAAGAUCUUUUAUAUGCUUUUGAAGAUCAGCAAACACAGACACAGGCCACCACCACACACAGUAUAGCCCACCUCGUACCGUCACAGACCGUAGUACAGACCUUCAGCAACCCUGAUGGCACCGUGUCGCUCAUCCAGGUUGGUACGGGGGCAACAGUAGCUACAUUGGCUGAUGCUUCAGAACUGCCAACCACAGUCACUGUUGCCCAAGUGAAUUAUUCUGCUGUGGCUGAUGGAGAGGUGGAACAAAAUUGGGCCACGUUACAGGGAGGUGAAAUGACCAUCCAGACAACGCAAGCGUCAGAGGCCACUCAGGCGGUGGCCUCACUGGCAGAAGCCGCAGUGGCAGCUUCUCAGGAGAUGCAGCAGGGAGCUACUGUCACCAUGGCACUCAACAGUGAAGCUGCCGCCCAUGCUGUCGCCACGCUGGCUGAAGCCACCUUACAAGGCGGGGGACAGAUCGUCCUGUCUGGGGAAACCGCAGCAGCCGUCGGAGCACUUACUGGAGUCCAAGAUGCUAAUGGCCCAGAUGAAGUUCAUGCAUGGACCAUCAGGAAAGCCAUGAAGGCUCCUCAGGCUGCAGGAAAAAUUCACACAGAGUUUGGAAAGGGAUUCAUUAUGGCGGAAGUAAUGAAAGACGAAGAUCUUAAAGAGGAAGGUUCUGGAAAUGCAGCCAUGGCUGCUGGGAAGUACAGACAACAAGGCAGAACUUACGUUGUUGAAGAUGGAGAUAUUAUCUUAUUCAAAUUUAAUUCGCCUCAGCACCUGAAGAAGAAAUAAAGUUUAGCUCUUAACUUUAGCAUAUGUAUGGCUAUGGUUUUGCUUUUGACUUGGGGUAGUUGGUUGUUUUGUUUUGUUUUUAGCUAAAGUUUCUGAAAACUGAAGGUACAAAGUUGGAAUGGGACUCUUAUAUAAAUUGUUACUUACAUUAAAAUAGCAGAAGCUGAGUUCUGGUUUACUUUUGAAAGGAGAGUUGGGAUUGGAGAGUUGACUCAGCAGUCGGGCAUGCCCACUGUCCUAACGAAGAACCCAGGUGUGUCAGUGCGUCCAGCUCCAAGGGACCUAAUGCCCUCUUCUGGCUUCAAGGGUACCUACACACGUCAUUCAUUUACACAGAUGCAUACAUACACAUAAAUAAAAUUAAUCAAAGUAGUUUAAUUUAAAAAAGGGAAGGACGAGGAGCUGACAGGAGUUGGUGGUGUAUUGGAUAUAAAGUCAAGGGUGGUGAGGGGGACUUCAGAGACUUGAACCUGAGCAACAGGAAGAAUGUAAUUGCCGUGUGUUGAGGGAAGGGGGCCUGGGCCUUGCUUCACCGUUUAUGCUCAGCAAUGAUAGCCAACAGUUGUAUUUUAAUCAAGACAGGACAGGCUCCUAGGGCUGACAGCUCCUCUAGGGAGUUGGAAGUGAGUGGUUGAUCCAAAGAUCCUAGAGGUGAGGCCUGACUUUCUGAGUUCCCUAUGACCUCCAUUCUCAUUCUCCAUGGUCAGUGCUGCCAUGAUUUCCCAUGAAGCCUGGAGAGGCAGUGGUGAGCCCUGAAGGAUGGCCCUCUGCCUUCCUGGCCCUGUGGCAGGGUGCUAGUUGUCCAGGGUAUUUUGGUGCAUGGAAAGGCUCCCAGAUCCAAAGCCCACACAUCUAGCUUAAUAAACUAGUCAUUGGGGGCAGGGGGACAACAUGACAGCCUGUCUGUUCGCCUGUUGUUUGUCUCGUUGUGUUUUUUGAGACAGGGUCUUAAGGCUGUUGACAAGGCCAGCCUGGAGGCUGUGUGCUAGGACUGUAGUCAUGCAUUACCUUCCCUGGUUUGGGGGUGUAGGGGUUGGUUUUGACUGUGAGACACGGUCUCCCUCACCAUGUAACUUGAGUUGGCCUCAAACUAAAGAUCCUCCCGCCUCUGCCUCCCAAGUGCUGAUUUUAUGGGUAUCUACCACCACAGGCAGGAUCUACUGGGUAUUGUUAUUACAUUGACUUGUUUGCUCUGUGUGUGUGUGUGUGUGUGUGUGUGCGCGCGCGCGCGCGCAGUGGAGAUCAGAAGACAACUUACUGAAGUCAGUUCUCCUUCCAUCGUGUGAGUGCUGGGGAUUGAACCCGGGGUGUUAGCUUUGGUGGUAAGCACCUUUACCUGCUGAACCAUCUGGCUUGCCCUUGCAUUUUGUUUUUUGGAAAACUUUUUAUGUGUGUAUGUCGGGGGCUGUUUCUCAUUUUGUAGCUCUAACUGAUGUAGAACUGGCUAUGCAGACCAGACUGGCCUCAAAUACAGAAAUCCACCUGCCUCUGUCUCCCAAGUGCUGGGAUUGGAUAGCGAUUUACCACUGGGCAUCAUCUCUGUAAUCAGGACACCUGGAGGCUGAGUAAGGCAGGAAGAAUACCAUGAGUCUGAGGCCAGCCCAAGCUACCCAGUGAGACUGUCUCAAAACAAAUGAGAAUAAACUUUGAAUUUAAAGAACCGGUUUUUGAUUUAGAUUUGCUAAACUCUAGCAUUUGUGUGGCUUUGACAUUUUGGAAUACUGAAGUCUUGAGAACAUUGUGAGUCCGUGCCUUCCUGAUAGGUCCAGGGUUCUGCUGGAGUGCUCACUUAUGAAAAGAUGCCAUCCUGCAUCCCUCUCCAGGGUCCUAGCACAAAUCCAAGGGCAUACAGCCACACACACCAAGGAGUUUGGUUACUAAGACUGUAUUGGGUCUCCCUGAAAAAGAAAAGGAACUUCAGGCCCUUAAAGUAGAACAUGAAGGGCUUCCUGUUGCUUAAUCAAUUGAAAUGACCCAGAAUCCAAGCUUGGAUUAGCAUGUGCCUCUAGAUUAGGGCUAAUCGGGGGCAGGCUGAGCAGAUGCAGGGACACUCCCAGCGUGAUUACUGUACCUCAGCAUUUAAUCAUCUCUCUUCCAAGGGCAGCCGCCCGCCCGACUUAGUGUGUACUGGGUUUCAAAGCUUUCGGCCCCUCCCCCAUGCCAUGGACAUAAAGGCAGCUAGGUCAGAGACACUGAGGAGAUUUAAUCUAAUCCCAUGUCCAAAUGCCUGUGUGGGUGUUUGUGUUAGAGAGAGAGAUCUUAAAAUCCCCACAUGAAGAUGGCGAUACAUUUAUUUAAGGUGGACAUGGACUGAGAAUGCAUGUAGAAAAGAUUAGAGUUGAGUUUGCAAGGCCUUUGAGGUUAUGCAAUGACCAAGAUGUGUAGUACCUAUCACAACUACUCACCUUGAGACAGCUUUGUUAUGGAAGUCGUUUCAUAACUCAAUUGUAGGGGCUAAAUUGGCUUCUUCCCUGAGUUAUGUGAAAUAUACAAAAUGCAGUCUAUAAAAAAAUUUUUUAUUUGGAUAGGUUUUGGGUGUGGUGUUUUUACUUUGUUUUGGUUUUAGGAGAAAUGUCUCACUGUUUAUUCCAGGCUGGCCUUGGACUUGGCGCAGCCUUCCUGACUCCUGAGAUUACCCUUGAGCCACUACUCUAGCUGUGACUUUACACUUGCGUUUUCAUUUCUGAGUGUAGAAAAUGUGUUGAGCACCUGCUCACUGUUAGGGCCUCAGUGAUAGACUCGGUCCCUUCUUAAGGAAUUUGCAAUCGAAUUGAAGACAAGAUAUGCAAACAGUGAUGAUCUGUAAGAUUGUUCCUCUGUAGAAGGCUGAGCACAGAGCCGUGGGGCUACCAGGGAAGAGGAUCCAAACCAUUGGAGGGCAGAGGCUGGAAGAAGCAGAGAACAAGUCCAUUCUGCAGAAGUCAUGGUGUGCGCAAGCAUGGAGGUGCUUGUGUGGAGAAGACUAAGUCCAUCGCAGCCUUUGCAGGCCAAAGCAUAGUGGGUGUGUGCGUGCCUGUCUUCCUAGCACUUGACAGGAGGCUCCAAGGUUCAAGGCCAGCCUAUGCUCCAUCUUGAAACCCUGCCUCAAAACAAGAAGAUAGUCUAGAGCAAAUCAUGACUGCCUUGACCACCAUGCCAAACCAUCUAGACUGUGCUGUGACUUUGGGGACAUUACUAAUGUCAUGGUACCUAAGUGUGCAACUAGAAGGCUAAGCAGCAUAGUAUAUCUAAAAAUAACUUCUGUGGCAAGGAAGGGUGAAGGAAAGAACUGAUUCAGCAUUUAAAAGCCAUUUGGAAUGGCUUAGAAGAAACCGGGGCACCCCUGUCGUGAAGCCACACCCCCUGUUGCUUCCUCUGCUGACUUUUCCCCAUCACAGAGACAAGAACUCUCACUGACCCUGCCUUUGUUUUGUUAACACACCCAUGUAAGUGGAGUUUCACAAAUGACUGUCAUCAAAACAAAACUCUCAAGCCCUGCUUCGUGUUGUACCAUCAAAUGCUUAUCCUGAAAUUGACAAAACUGAACCUUGGAAAAUGCUCACACACGGUUAAUACUAUGAAAUCAGA